UUUGGUUCAAACUAUCACCACUCCUCCGUCUCUCUCCAGCACUCUCUUGCACCUAUAUGAUAAACGGACGGUCUUGGAGACACUGAAAAACUGAAACCGUUCACAUCUCUUUCUCUCCUUUCCUCUCUCUCUCCAUAUAUAUCUAUAUGUGUAUCUAUAUGCUGUAAUGGAUUCUCUGCGUGUAUUGGGCGUCUGCUCUACUGCUACUGCUACUGCUACUUGUGCAUCCACACGAAACCAUCUGAGAGGGCAAUCCAGAUUCCUCCUCUACCGUCAAAGCCAACAAAAUGCUCUCACUUUCUUGAGGCCGAGAACUACUCUCCCUCUCCAUAGUCUUGAAUUUGUGGAUCAAUCUAGACACUCUUCUCGAAUCGUCUGUGGUGUUUCUUCUACUGAAACCAGAGAGGAAGAGAAGCAGAAGAUGGGAUCCGGGCCACGGCGUGGGAAGGUGCUACUACGCGUCCGACUUAAUCACCAAGUUGAAUUUGGCGAGAGUGUUGCAAUUUUGGGAUCGGCAAGAGAAUUUGGCUCAUGGAAGAAGAAAGUGGCGAUGAGUUGGACAAAGGAUGGAUGGUUUUGUGAGUUGGAACUAAAGGGGGGAGAAUCUGUUGAGUUCAAAUUCGUGUUUAUGGGAAAGGACAAGAGUGUGGUUUGGGAAAGUGGUGAUAACCGUGUGUUGAAGCUGCCAAAAGGAGGGAGUUGUCAGGUAGUUUGCCGAUGGAACAUGACUUCUGAGGCUGUGGAUUUGUUGCCUUCAGUUUCAGAAGAGCAUGGUGAGGAAGUGAGGGGUGAUAAUAGGUCUGCAGUAUCUAAUGGUUCUACUAAUUCGGAGGGGGUGACGAGUCCUUUUGUGGAGCAAUGGCAAGGGAAGGCUGCAUCAUUUAUGCGAUCAAAUGAGCAUCAUAACAGAGAAUCAGAGAGAAAGUGGGACACUUCGGGACUUGAAGGGAUUGCUUUAAAGUUAGUGGAAAGUGAUCGGACUGCCCGUAAUUGGUGGCAAAAGCUUGAAGUUGUCCGUGAGCUAUUACAUGGAAAUGCGGAGAGCGGGCAUCGCUUGGAGGCUCUCAUAUAUUCUGCUAUCUAUCUUAAGUGGAUAAACAUAGGACAAAUUCCGUGCUUUGAAGGUGGAGGUCAUCACCGGCCAAACAGGCAUGCUGAGAUUUCCAGGCUUAUAUUUCGUGAAUUGGAAAGGAUUUCCUGUAUGAAAGACACUUCACCUCAGGAAGUACUUGUCAUCCGCAAAAUUCAUCCAUGUCUGCCAUCUUUUAAAGCAGAAUUUACUGCAUCUGUUCCUCUAACACGAAUUAGAGAUAUUGCUCAUCGAAAUGAUAUCCCUCAUGACCUUAAGCAAGAAAUCAAGCAUACAAUACAAAACAAGCUUCACCGAAACGCUGGCCCUGAAGAUUUGGUUGCUACAGAAGCAAUGCUUGCAAGAAUUACCAAGAACCCUGGAGAAUAUAGUGAAGCAUUUGUAGAACAAUUCAAUAUAUUCCAUCAUGAACUCAAAGAUUUCUUCAAUGCUGGAAGCCUUGCAGAACAACUUGAAUCAAUAAAAGGAUCUUUGGAUGAGCGGAGCUCAUCAUCCCUUUCAUUAUUUUUGGAGUGCAAGAAGGAUCUCGAUGGUUUGGGUGGAACAAGUAAUGAGAUUGAUCUAUUGAUCAAAACAAUACACUCUUUGCAUGCUUUGCGAGAAGUAAUUGUGAAUGGUCUUGAAAGCGGUCUUCGAAAUGAUGCCCCUGAUACUGCGAUUGCAAUGCGACAAAAGUGGCGUCUUUGUGAGAUUGGACUUGAGGACUAUGCAUUUGUACUUCUGAGCAGGUUUCUCAAUGCACUUGAAGCUCUGGGAGGGGUUCAUUGGCUUGCAGAGAAUGUGGAAUCAAAGAAUGUUAGCUCUUGGGAAAAUCCAUUUAGAGCUCUCAUUCUUGGCAUUCGUCAGCUGGGGCUAUCCAGUUGGAAGCCUGAAGAAUGUGCUGCUAUUGGAAAUGAACUUCUGGCAUGGCAAGAAAAGGGUCUUUUAGAAAGAGAAGGUAGUGAAGAUGGUAAGACAGUUUGGGCACUAAGGCUCAAAGCUACCCUUGAUAGAUCUCGGAGGCUGACGGAAGAAUAUUCUGAGGCACUUCUUCAGAUAUUUCCUUCAAAAGUCCAGACAUUAGGGAAAGCUCUUGGAAUUCCUGAAAACAGUGUGAGGACAUACACUGAAGCUGAAAUUCGUGCUGGUGUAAUUUUUCAGGUUUCAAAACUUUGUACGCUUCUUUUAAAAGCUAUCAGAACCACACUUAGGUCUCAGGGUUGGGAUGUCCUUGUUCCAGGAGCUGCUUUUGGAACCCUAAUACAGGUUGAGAGCAUUGUCCCUGGGACACUGCCAUCAUCUGUAACCGGACCUGUUAUUCUUGUGGUCAGCAAAGCAGAUGGAGAUGAAGAGGUAACUGCUGCCGGGAGCAAUAUAGUUGGAGUUGUACUUCUGCAGGAGCUGCCUCACUUAUCUCAUCUUGGUGUUAGGGCACGACAAGAGAAUGUUGUAUUUGUGACAUGUGAAGAUGAUGACAAAGUUGUUGAGUUGCAAAAACUCAAUGGAAAAUAUGUGAGGUUAGAAGCAUCUUCAACGUGUGUUAAUAUAAUUCCAUCUUUGUCGGAUGCUCAAAGUGGCGAUUCUCCUGUAAAGAAUCUUUCAACUAACGGCUCAUCCACAGUUGGAAUCCCAGGGGAAAAUCAUUCAUCCUGGUCUUCUGUCAAAACCCCUUACUCAAAUCAGGUUGAAUCUACUGGAGGCGUUGUACUGCUUGCUGAUGCAGAUAUACAAACUUCUGGUGCGAAGGCUGCUGCUUGUGGUCACCUAGCUUCUUUGGCAGCGGCUUCUGAUAAAGUCCACAGUGACCAAGGAGUGCCAGCUUCAUUUAAUGUCCCAGCAGGAGCUGUAUUACCUUUUGGUUCGAUGGAGCUGGCUUUAGAGCAAAGCAAGUCCAUGGAAACCUUUAGGUGCUUGGUGGAACAGAUAGAAACAGCCAAAUUGGAAGGUGGCGAACUUGACAGACUCUGCGACCAACUCCAGGAAUUGAUCUCCUCUCUGCAGCCUCCAAAGGACACCAUCAAAAACCUAGGGAGAAUAUUUCCAGGCAAUGCACGUUUGAUUGUCCGUUCAAGUGCUAAUGUUGAAGACUUGGCUGGAAUGUCAGCUGCCGGACUUUAUGAAUCAAUUCCGAAUGUCAGUCCUUCAAAUCCAAUAACUUUUGGGAAUGCUGUUAGCCGAGUAUGGGCUUCACUCUACACUCGAAGAGCAGUUUUAAGCCGUAGAGCUGCUGGAGUACCUCAGAAGGAGGCUGCAAUGGCCGUUCUUGUGCAAGAAAUGCUUUCACCUGAGUUAUCCUUUGUACUCCACACAUUAAGCCCGGUAGACAAUGACGAAAAUUCUGUUGAGGCUGAGAUUGCUCCUGGGCUUGGCGAAACACUAGCUUCGGGCACCCGAGGCACCCCAUGGCGUUUGUCUUCAGGAAAGUUUGAUGGUCUGGUGAGCACAUUGGCAUUUGCAAAUUUCAGCAAGGAGAUGGUGGUCCUUGGUUCGGGUCCUGCUGAUGGGGAAGUUCUCCAUUUGACUGUAGAUUAUAGCAAGAAACCCUUGACAUUGGACCCAAUCUUUCGGCGUCAGCUUGGUCAGCGCCUUUGUGCUGUAGGUUUCUUCCUUGAGCGAAAGUUUGGCUGCCCUCAGGAUGUUGAAGGAUGCGUGGUUGGCAAGGAAAUCUUCAUUGUCCAGACACGUCCUCAACCCCGAUAAGUGCUGCCUCCAUUGUUCAGCCGUGCUGCUUGCUGUGAUGCCAGUUAAGGACACACUGCUAUUUAAGAUGCUCCUCCUCGCAGGUAUGUGUAGCACAACAGAUAAGCCCCAUGUAUAAUUUCAGGUCUCACUAAAAAGAGGUAAAUUUUCAUGGAACACCUCGCCUGCACAUCAACUGCCGAAAUUAGACAAACAAUAAUUUGUAAAUUUUAAUGGCUCCCAGUAUGUAAUAAUGUAUGUGGUUCAUCGAAUAUGUCGGUUGCUAUCAAACAGUUGCAAUAAAAAUGUCGGAUUUCGUUAAUUUAAUUUUUAAUAUAUAUAUAUAUUUUUAUU